AUGUUUAGGGAAUUGUAUUUAACAGUUCUUUUCUGCACAGUAUGUUUUGCUGUGCCAAUAAUAUCUGAUUUACACUCAAUAAAUGAUAAUAAUGAAAUGGAAAACAUCCGAGUGAAACGUUAUGGCUUUCCUGGUGAUUACAAUCCGUAUGUGCCAUACACAUACAAAUUUAAAACUCCACUUUUCAAGAUUAAAAUUAAAAGUGGCCACCAAAAUAAUUUAGGUUAUAUGCCGUCAUAUGGGUACGGUAACCCUGCCGGCUUCCAUCCUUCAAAUGGUGCAUUUCAUCCGGGAUUUAAUUCACCUUAUGGUUAUCAUCAAAAUCCAUUUGGAUAUGGAUGGCAGGGAUAG